AUGGAAUUCUGCAAAUCAAUACAUUCAUUCCUGCAAUCAAAUCCAGCUAGAAAUUUUUACUUUGGGGCCUUCAGGGUUUUCCUCAUUUUGCUACAUAUUUUUUCUGUAAACUCAAUUUCAUUCAAUAUUACAUGUUUCAGUGAACACAGUGACAUACUCUGCCAGGGUGAUGCUAAUGCUAGAGAUCAUGUCAUCCAGCUAACUGCAGGCAGCCAAGGCGAUGUCAAUUUCAGUGGGAGAGCCAUCUAUAAAGAGCCAGUGCAUCUGUGGGAUAAUGCCACUAGGAGGGUUGCUGAUUUCACUUCAAGUUUCUCCUUCGCGGUGGCCUCUGGCGAUGAGGAUCUUCCCGGUGCUAGGCUUUCUUUCUUCCUCACUACAAAUGGCUCUAUUAUGCUUCCGAACUCCAGUGGUGGGUUCCUUGGUCUUGUUACUGGCAAUAACGACUCUACAAACUCGACAAAAAAUCAUUUUGUCGCUGUGGAGUUCGAUAAUCAGUUUGUUGGAGUGCAUAUUAACUCCACAGGUUCCGAGUUCAGGAGAUUGCCAAGUACUACUGCACAGAAAAGACUCAAUGUGUUGGUCGAGUAUAAUUCUAGUACGAAAUAUUUGUGUGUUACGUUGAUUGAUCAAGCUGACUAUACUCUGCCGCAGGAGAGUUCACCAGGACAUAUAGCAUUUAUUCGUGGCAAUUUAGUUCAAACUUAA